AUGAAGGAUAAAGCCAGGCAGACUAUCAGAGAAGUAGCUGACAGAAAGGCAGAGCCUGCGCGAGAGCCUUUCCUGGGUAACCCAGUUACCCCACAUCGCCGUGCGGGCCGGGCAUUCUUCCCCAGCAGCCCGGAGAGACGGCACUUCGAGAUCCUCGAAGACGGCGAGGACCAAGAGUCGCCCCAGGUUCGCACUCCAAUUUCCUGGCCAGAAUCGGAUGAGAACAAGGAGAACGAGUAUGGCCCAGAUCACGAACCUCCGAUGGUACCUCUCCCCAAUCGCAACCCUGUGGACUGGUCAAUCCUUGAAGUCGGUCCCCGCGAUGUCUUCGGUCUCCCCGUCGACUUCAUGCGCCGCGUCCCACUGGCCGAUGUCACCACCAGGAACAUCGACACUGACACCGACACUGCCGCCACCCCCAGUGUUGAGACUACACCUGCUCCAACUACGGCUCAAGCCAUGAUGCAGGAGGAUGAGGAGAUGGACCAGGACUGGGACGAAUCAGCCUCCGAUAUCAUGCUUCGGGAGCUCCUGGAUCUUGGGUACUUCGACCGGGCCGCUGUGAACGGUACGCCCGAGGACCGGGAUAUUCCCAUGCAGGGAGGACGCAUCCAGGCACCGGCAAACAUCUUCCUCCAAGCGCCCCAUGACACAUACAACCAGCGUCAUGAGAACCGUCGUGCGCGUUAA